AUGGCCCUCGACGGAAAUAUAACGUCGGUUGAGCCUACAGGUGUUGGGCGCGUUCUUUUUGUGCUGGCUAUCGUCUUUCUAAUCCCUACGUCGAUUGUUGUUGCUCUAAGAUGUGUUACUCGAUUGAAACACCAUAUAUUCGGCAUCGAUGAUGGUCUCAUGCUUUUUGGAUGGAUGCUUCAUGUUGCUUUCAGUGCCAUCGCGAUACAAUGCGUCUAUUCCGGUCUUGGGACUAAAGACAAGGACUUGAACGGCUACCUUCAGCUUGAAUCACGAAAGUUUCUUUAUUUUGGCCAACUGGCUUACAGCAUCUCAUUGAUCCCACUCAAAGGCUCUAUCUGCGUAACCCUCCUUCGAAUCGCCGUGAGUAAAGUCCACCGUAUCAUCAUCUGGAGUGUCUUUACCCUCACGGUAGUCGCGACGACUGCUAUUGUUAUUGGAUGCCUUGUUGGCUGUCGCCCGAUUGCUGCAAACUGGGGCCAGGAUGGAAAAUGCGCCCCAUAUCAGCUUAUGGCGGCUUUUGGCUACCUCAUGUCUUGUGCCGCUGUCGUCACUGACUUUGUUUGUGCCAUCUUGCCUGUCUUUAUGCUGUAUAAAUCCCAGAUGAAGGCAACGACCAAGAUUUCCGUUGGUGUAGUCCUUGGAUUGGCGGCUCUGGCAUCACUAUGUACGAUCAUUCGGCUCCCUUAUUUGAAGUACUACACGAUCCAAUCAAACUAUCUCUACAACGUGACCAAUAUCGUCCUCUGGUCUUUAGUCGAAUCGGGCAUAGGAAUAAUCGCCGGAUCGCUGCCUUCACUUCGCAAGCUUGUGAGCAGACGUUGGCAUUUCAACCCAUCUGCAGGCAGUUCUCCCACCCACAACACGCCGUACACUGGUACCAACAGAGUUGUCAUCACUGCCAACACAACCACGGCUGGACGCCGAACUCGCGAAGAUGGAGGAGUCGGAGAAUGGGAGCAGCUGGACGACAGCGCGUCGACUAAGAAGAUUUACGUGAAGGUUGAUUUGGAAAUGCAAACGCUGGAGAGGCCUCAGACACAAUCACAGGGAUCUCGCGAAGAUCUAGUAUGGUAA